AUGUUUUCAAAACAUUCAUCGUUGAGUUGCUCGAAUCAGUCCUCACCAGAUCUCAAUCCAUGGCAAUAUCAACUGCGACUUGAUCAGAUAAAAGCCAAGAGACACUACGAUUGUUUUCCUGAAUAUCCUUACAAUACCGCAUUUGGUUCACUAUUAACUGGAUCGAAUUACACAGAUGCUAACUCACUAAUCAGGAACGACGAAUUUGCCUUGGAAGAACAACAUGUCAUUGUGCUUCUUUUAGAAAAACUUGUUGGUUUUCUCGAUGAAUUUUUAGUUUAUCUUUCAUCAAUGAUAUCGUAUGAACAAUUUCAAUCGUAUCUACAGUUGACGAAAAUCAAAGACAUCGCCGAACGUAUCUAUCAACUUCGUCUAAUGUUGCUUGCAGAGAUCGAUCGUAGUCCUGAAACCAUCGCCACUUUUGACAUCUCAUUGAUUCUUCGAGAACUUGCGUCACUUAUUCAUUGUUUGAGUGAACAACAACAACAACAAACAGAAAGAUGCUCUGAUCCAUCACCAAACAUCAUCUUCUCACAACUACUGAAUCGCUUGGAAAGAAUUCUUCAGUCGUGUAUGGAUUGCAUCAAUCGACGUUGCAAUCCUCAAUGUCACCAAUCGAUCGUACCCGAUGCAUCUCCAUGUAUGAACUCAAUUCAUACUAUCGAUAAUCCAAUGUCUAUUCCAUGGUCAGUUUUAAACCAAAUAGAGUCAUUGGGUGAAAGUGAUAAUGUUUUCGGUUUGGUAUUUGGAAUUAAAGAUGAGAAAGUUCGUCGAAAGCUAGGAUAUCAUGGUAGUAAACAGAAACCGGCAAGCCGAUCGAGAUGCUUAUCGAAUAAAAAGAAAAAUCAACGAUCUCAAAAAAUUUUCGUGCAUGACGAAGUCUCCCCUAUUGAUAAUAAGUAUCAAAAAGUGACAAAAUCAUUCAAAAAUCGAUCCUCGCCGUCACAACCAGCGAGACUUAACAUCACUGCAUCGAGAACAAGCAAAAGGAAAACUCGACAACCAUCAGCAAAUUCAGUCUCUGUACACGAGCCCGACAGUAUGAGUGAUAGCUAUACUAUAUCGCCACAACAAUCUAUACAACUUAACUCUAUCUAUGAUCGUUUGAUGGGAUCGACCAGUAAUGAACGAUUGUCGCCUCGUGUUGAAGAUUUACCUGCUUCGACAUUGUCGAAUAAUAGUAUUUUACGUCGUACAUCUUCCCAUCUGAAUGAAAAACAAUCUAGUUCGUACAAGAACAGUAAAACAGAAACUUCAAAUUUAUCACCAGCUUUGAACAAAUCAGUGAGCAUCAAUCGUUCUCGAGAAAUGCUUCAAUCCGAAACCAAUGUGAAAGACGCAAGAAAUACUUCAAAUACUUUACAGAACGAUGAUGAGCAAAAUCUUAGCCAAAUAAACGCUGGUUAUGUUGAUUCGUCUGCACGGUCUGUAUCGAAAAGAAACAUUUUGUAUGACGAGAACAUGUCAUACAAAAGUUCUCCUCUAUCAAUGAGAUCGUUAAAACUGACAAAAAACGAUCUACUCAAAUCGAGUAGCAUUGAUCCGGGACUAAGUAACCAACAGGCAGUGAACGAAAGUAUCAAUAGAUUUUAUUCGUAUAAUUCUUCGAAUUAUCAAAUUCCUACUUCGCCGAACAUUCAACUGGCUACUCAUACUCUUGCAGAUAAUAUUUCGUCAUUCAAAGUUAUCGAAGGGCCACGCAGUGCAGAAGGAGAAAUAAAGAUUAGAGAUACUCUCACUAAUGAAAACGAUGAACCGUUAACUCCUUAUGUUAAUUCCAUGAGUACCCAUCAACAACAGAGCACAAGUGCAAUAGAUGAGAAGAACGCUUCGUCGUAUGUGCUUCAAUUUCCAAUGAAAAAACAAGGGUAUUGGAGGAAGUUCAUGAGUUGUAUUCGACGAACAAUAGCCAAAUGA